AUGAUUAAAACUCCAGUUUUGAAACUGUUCCAUUUCAUAUCGCUGCUCUUUCUAGCGGGUGCGCUCAUAAUGACGUUCUUCUUGAUACUGUCCGGCGGAAGAGAGGGCGGGACUCUGAAGAACUUCUACUGGCUCGAGGCGAACACCACCGGGUUCAACGACGCGCAGGCGAACACGCGGUGGUUUGACUACACCUUCUGCGGGUACACCGACGGGAAGCUGCACGACUGCGCGCACCGUGCGCCCGCGAAGCCGUUCUCCCCCAGAGACAACUUCGGCAGGUCCGACGAGAUGCCCUCCUCCUUCCUGAACCACAGAGACGCGUACUACUACCUGUCCCGUGUCGGGUGGGCGAUGCUGCUGAUCGGCCUGUUCUUCGAGGUCCUCACUUUCUUCCCCGCAAUCCUCUCUUUGUUCAAAGUCAUGGCGCCCACGGCCACGUUCACCACGGUCAUGUCCUGGCUCGCGCUCUUCUUCAUCCUGCUGGCUGCGUGCUUGUACACCGGCUGCUACGCCAAGGCGAAGAAGGCGUUCCACUCGCAGCACAGGCACGCCAAGAUGGGCGCGAAGAACUUCGCGUUCCUGUGGACCUCCGUGUUCUUGCUCAUGUGCACCACCGCAUGGACCACGGUUACCAUCGCGCUUCACAACAAGGAGCGGAAAGCAAACAACAUCCACGGCGGGUACGCCGAGGACUACGCAGGGUACUCGACCACGGACAACACCACCGCGGGGGACAAGUCGGCGCCGUACGACCCGGAAAGCGGCGACGACCAGCAACCAGCUACAAGCCACAAGUACUUCACCAAGCUAAGAUCCAAGAAACACCAAAAGACAACAGCAGUGACCCCAGUCAUUGACGAAACCACCGCCAACGCGGCGGUGGACCCACACCAACAAACGGCAACAACAGCAAUCCAAGAAGAGGUCGUAUAA